CAUUACCCUGUGUAUAUAUUGUCUGCGUCUCCCUUUGUCUUGUGCCAAAGUGUUUCGUCCUACGAUUGAUCGCCUAAGCCUUCUUUCUUGCCUGUCCACAGCCUUAGCCUUGUUGCGACAACAACCGAGUCACAGCUGAGAUGACCCUACAGAAGGAGAAGUCACAAUGGAGGCCUGGACUGGUGCUGUGCUGGCUUCUGCUCUGGACCUCUCUUCAACCAGACUCCCUCCACCAGGUGUCAGCAGUCAACCUGCGGCGCUUCAUCGGUUGCGCUGUCCGAGAGUUCACCUUUCUGGCCAAAAAGCCCGGCUGCCCGGGCAUGCACAUCACCACUGAUGCCUGCUGGGGGCGCUGUGAGACCUGGGAGAAACCCGUCCUGGACCCUCCUUUCAUUGAGUCCCACCAGCGGGUUUGUACCUACAACGAGACUCGUCUGGUCACCGUGAAACUGCCCAACUGCCUGCCGAACGUCGACCCAAUGUACACCUACCCCGUGGCCCUGAGAUGUGACUGUGAUGUCUGUCUGACCAGCACCACUGAAUGUAUAACAUCCGUGUGACACAGGAAAUAUCUUUUUUAAACAUGCUUUGAAUUGCUGCAGAUAUAUUCAUGCUGUUGUUUGAGUGAACUUUAUUUCAAUCUAUGCUUUGAAACUCAACCCUUAAUUAAAAUAAGGAGUAUCUGAGUGUCUAAUGUCAUGGCAAACUUCAUUUCUGACUAAACUGAGCCAGGGAUCAUUUUAAUUCCUGGUCUACAGGGAGGUCAAAGGUCAGGCCUGUCUGCAGAGAAGCCUCCCUGGAGCUUGUGCUUUCAGCAUCCCGUUAAAGGGCUCUUCAGCAGGCCAGACGUUCACAGUCAGAGGGGCUCAAACAUGAACCAUCCAGUCUGAGCUGGAUUUGAAUAUAAAAUAAAUAUUAAGCUCAUUAACUGUGAGACUUUGUGUGAUCUUAAAAAUGUCCAAAUCUUUUUAAAUCUCUUCCUAAACAGAGCCAUCAGUGUGAGCACAAACGGUGUGAUUGCUGUAAUUGAUGUAAUUUAUCAUUUGUCUUUCAAACAAUAAACGGUGAUGAUGCCACCCCUCGUUAAUUAACCGGCCUGAGCUCUGAGGCCAAAAUACCUGCUGCUGAGUCAUCAGAGGCAGGGCAGAAAAACACAGUCCCUACAAAGUGUUGUUAUUCACAUGACUCCCAAGGAGAGCAGAGUUUAUGUAAUCCCUGAGUGCUCGCGUGUCACCGAGGAGCUGCAGGGCUGCAUUUGAGCCUCAGCGCUCAGGGGGGAACAGAACGCUCUCCUCCCAACCUACAAACCCACCCUGCUCCUCCUG